GUUGUCACCGCUUCCUGUACCAGCACUCACAUAUCAUUCUCCAUUCGAUAUUCAGUGCAUGUUAAACACACUGAGUAAUGAUACUGAGCAGAAUACCAUUGGCGCCAGCCGCGUAAUUGAAUGUGAGCGUGCUCCGUCGUGCGAGGGCGCUAACGCGCGCAAAAUUACAAUUUGGCUUCCAAACAGGAAGAGAUGUACGAAUAUAUUGAUUGAAAUAAUUUUGGAAGUCUUUCGGCAGAAUUUGGAUCGAGAAAUAUCCGCAUUAAUUACUUUUUUUGUAAUAUAUUUGUCCAGCAAAGCACAUUGAAAUAAUUUGAUCUAUGGAUUCCGUGGAAGAUUUUGAAUAUGUGCUGCGGAAACCGAAGCAACAACGAUUGUGCUUCGGUUCUGGACAAUCACGCGACACCUCUAGAAAGGGUAUGAAUUCUUUCAUGAGAUACUAUACUUUAGACGAUUAUCCCAAUAUAGGACCUAGUUUCUACAAUAUCCUGGAAUCGUUUAAUGCUAUCAAAACCAAGCCAUGCUCUCAUAGUAUCAGUAAAAAAGGCUACAGCGGCCUCGCCCAAUUCGCCAAAUCUGUCGCCCAUGUGGAGGAUUAUCCAUCACCAUCUGAUUAUAACGUUUUUUCCUUUCCUAAGCACGUUAAAUCGCAAAAAUAUCCGUUUGCAUCUACCAGCAAGCGUAAAACUUUCGAUAUUAACAAAAAUCCAGGACCUGGAUUAUAUGUCAGCAAAGAAAUGAAAGGCAUUAAGUUUGAACACAGUUUUGGUGGCAAAGUUAAAAUGCAACUUGGCGUUGAUUUUAAGUGUUGCAGUCGCAAUACAGAUACUUGCAAGAUAUGUGCUAAAACACCAGUAGGAGAUUACUGGCACUUGAACAAUAAAAUCUUCUUGUGCAGAAUGUGUAUGACAAAAGAGUUUCAAAAACAAGUAAGAUUUAAGAAAAAAGAACUGGAGUUAUUCCGCAAAGUAAGAGAUUGCUCAGGUAUUCACAUUCAUGAAGGUACUGACGCAAAGAUAUGGCUGAUGCAUCCCACUGUGGUCAAACAAUGGAUGAGAAGAGAGACUUACCUCUCAGCUUAUUUGAAAGAUUAGAAGUCAAAUUAAAACAGGUUUUUC